AUGGCACCAAGCGUAGAUCCGGCAAUUAUCGAGGCUCUCGAUCUCAAUCCCGAGCAGACCAAGAUCGCGUCACACGGAGCUUCGGGUUUUGCGUCGUCGUUCAAACUCACAUCCGUCAUUGAUGGGCAUCCCACCAACUUCUUCGUGAAGAUGGGCUCGGGAAAAGAUGCAGAAAUUAUGUUCAGAGGCGAGCAUGAAUCGCUAAACGCAAUCCACAAUGCCGUCCCGGAUUUCUGCCCAAAGUCUUACGCCCACGGAGAGUACCAGUCGUCGCCGGGCAAGCAUUUCAUGGUCACGGACUUCCUGGAUCUCGGGUCGUCCGCCCCGGGCGGCUCCAGCCUCUCCCUGGCGGCGAAACUCGCCAAGCUGCACACGACGCCGGCCCCCAUCCCGGAGGGCUUCGACAAGCCCAUGUACGGCUUCCCGGCGACGACAUGCUGUGGCUCGACGCCGCAGGACAACUCAUGGAAGGAGUCCUGGGCCGAGUUCUACGCCGAGAACAGGCUACGCAGCAUCCUGCGCGCCGGCAUCAAGAGUAAUGGCUCCGACGGUGAGCUGUCCAAAGCCGUGGAGACGGUCGCUAGCAGGGUCGUCCCGCGGCUGAUCGGCGACGACCACGUCAGGGGCAUGAAGCCGGUGGUGGUCCACGGGGACCUCUGGAGCGGGAACCACGGCCGGGGCCGGAUCGGCGGCAAGGGCGGCGCCGAGGAGGUGGUGUACGACUCGUCGGCCGUGUACGGCCACUCCGAGUACGAGCUGGGCAUUAUGAACAUGUUUGGUGGGUUCGGGGGCACGUUCUGGAACGAGUACAACAAACUCGUCCCCAAGGCCGAGCCGAAAGAGGAAUGGGAGGACCGGGUCGCGCUGUACGAGCUAUAUCACCACCUCAACCAUUACGCCAUGUUCGGCGGGGGCUAUCGUAGCGGCGCGAUGGGGAUCAUGAAGAAGCUGAUUUCAAGGUACGGCUGA